GUGCGUGGGGCGACGCAGGGCGAGGAGCGGAGGAGGCCGGCGGGCAUCGGCGGCGCCGCCAUGGAGUGCCCGCACCUGGGCGGCAGCGUCUGCCUCGCGCCCGACUCGGCCAAGUUCCCGCAGGGCUCGCCCUCCUCCUGGUGCUGCAGCGUGUGCCGCUCUAACAAAAGUCCCUGGAUUUGCCUGACUUGCUCAAGUGUCCACUGUGGAAGGUAUGUAAAUGGCCACGCCAAGAAGCAUUAUGAAGAUGCUCAAGUUUCUUUAAUGAACCACAAGAAAGCAGAAAAGCAAGAAAAGGUUCAGCACUUGGUGUGCAUGGAUUGUAGUAGCUACAGCACCUACUGUUAUCGCUGUGAUGACUUCGUGGUAAACGAUACCAAGCUAGGCCUGGUGCAGAAAGUCCGGGAGCAUCUACAGAACUUGGAAAACUCAGGUUUUACAGUAGACCGACAUAGGAAAAGAAAGCUGCUUGAAAGUGCCUCGGUAAACAGCAAGUUAUUAAAAGUAAAUGGGAGCCCCACAAGCUUGUGCGCCACAGGCCUUCGGAACUUGGGGAACACGUGUUUCAUGAACGCCAUCCUUCAGUCCCUCAGUAACAUUCCACAGUUCUGCUGUUACUUCAAAGAGCUGCCAGCGGUGGAACUUCGGAACGGGAAGACUGCAGGCCGGCGGACGUACCACACGCGGAGCCAAGGAGAUAACAGCGUUUCCCUGGUGGAAGAAUUCCGGAAGACCCUCUGUGCUUUGUGGCAGGGAAGUCAAACCGCCUUCAGCCCUGAAUCCCUGUUUUACGUUGUUUGGAAAAUCAUGCCCAACUUCAGGGGGUACCAGCAGCAAGAUGCCCACGAGUUCAUGCGCUACCUCUUGGACCACCUGCACCUGGAACUGCAGGAGGGCUUCAACGGGGCUCCUCACCCAGCCCUUGUGCAAGAGAACGCUGGUCUCACUGCCAGCGGCCGAUGCUGUGUGAAUGGCACUUCUACCGUUGUCACAACUAUCUUCGGAGGCGUCCUUCAGAAUGAAGUCAACUGCUUGAUAUGUGGAACUGAAUCCAGAAAGUUUGAUCCAUUCCUAGACCUCUCACUAGAUAUUCCAAGUCAGUUCCGGAAUAAACGUAACAAGAACCAAGAGAAUGGACCAAUCUGCACGUUGCGGGAUUGUCUCCGUAGCUUCACUGACCUGGAAGAACUUGACGACUCGGAGCUCUACAUGUGUCACAAAUGUAAGAAGAAACAGAAGUCCACCAAGAAGUUCUGGAUGCAGAAGCUACCCAAAGUGCUCUGCCUGCACCUGAAACGCUUUCACUGGACAGCCUACCUGAGGAACAAGGUGGACACCUUUGUCGAGUUCCCUCUGCGCGGCCUGGACAUGAAGUGCUACUUGCUGGAGCCGGAAAACAGUGGCCCAGACAGUUGCCUCUAUGACCUCGCGGCUGUGGUUGUGCACCAUGGGUCAGGGGUCGGUUCUGGGCAUUACACGGCGUAUGCGACUCACGAAGGGCGCUGGUUCCAUUUCAACGACAGCACGGUGACGCUGACAGACGAGGAGACGGUCUCGAAAGCCAAGGCCUACAUCCUCUUCUACGUUGACCGGCAGGCUAAGUCUGGAUCCGAGAAACUUUAAUGCCUCUCUCUGCCUGCCCUGUGCAUAUCAAGUCCAAUGGACAAAACAUUUCCAGUUCUCCACAGAUACUUGAUCCGAGACUCUUGAUUUCAUUGUGCACUUUUCAAAAUUUUUUUGUGGGUUCUAGUUUUAUUACAUUGUCGGUAGUAGCAUUUGACUUAUUAAAAAAUGGACAUAAGCUAACUUUGUGGUUAGUUAUACCGGAAAAAAAGGCAAAACCUCUGCAGAUACUGAUGUGCUGCUUAAACUCAAAUUUUAUACAUAGUUUCAAGAGCGACUUUUAUGUUUGACUUUCCUGUCUCCGUGUUCUGGUUUGCUUUCUAAAGGCACAUUAUUUCCACGAGGGAAACUUGAAUCCUUUUGAUGAACACAAGUCUGGGUGCUCUGUUAGGAAAGGCCGCAAGGGCCUCGGUGGGUCUCCCAGGAUCAAGGACUUGACCCCCGGCCCAAACGGGAUACAGGCACGGACUUUGGGGUCUCCCCUUCUUUCUUUAAGGGGCUGAACGGGGCUGCAUUAAACAGGCCAUGUAACUGCUGCUAUUUUUGUUUCUCCGAAAGCUGUUUUUUUAGUCUGUAGAUUGUACUUCAGUAGAUGGCUGCAUUGUUUGUAAUAGAAACUCUUUUUUAAAAAAUACUUUAUAUGGAUACGGAAAAUUACUAUUCUGCUGCAAUUAAGGUACCAAAAAUCAGAAUUCAGGAUCAGCUACUCAUUUUGCUGGCGCAGUGUCUAGACUCACUCCGCAAACGUCACUCUUUGACCUCCUGGCUUGAGAUUAUUUGGAAGAAGACGAGAAGAUGAGCAUUCUACGCUUUUCUCGCAGAAACUGCCAUCUUGGGCCACUGAAACUCUGAAGAGCUUUGGAAGAGAAGACACGGGUGAUGACUUUCCAGGCUGUGCUUUUCUUGAGACUCCUGCAUGGAAGAGGCUUUUUUAAAGCUGGUUUUCCCCGAGGGAAAGAACGAAAGUCCCUGGUUGCAUUUGUUCCAAUCAGCCAAACGUGUAAAGUUUUGAAUUCUGCAGAAUUCUUCAAUUCAAGGAGGGCAGGGCAGGGCAGGGGAGCCCGAAAGGGACGUGGGGGGUGGGGCAUGAGGUGGAAUACGCCAGUAGCUGAACAGGAACAUGCCCCCUCCCCAGCAAGGAGGAAGGCGUGGCUGGCCCUCCCCUCCCCUGGCAUAAAAAUCCGGGCUCUGAGAGGCAGGCGGUGUUUCCACAGUGCCCAGGCUGAGGGAGCCGGAGCUGCAGACUCACGGAAGAGCUGUAGGAACCCCCUGGAAGUCUUGCUCCCCCUUCCCACACAGGUAUAAACAAAAUUGGGUGGUCCAGGAGAAAAGGAAGCCCAGAUUCACAAUGUCCAAGCUGGAUUCCGUUUUGUGAGUCGGUUGUGACAUCACCUUCCCAUGUUGUGUAUCAUUGCAAUCAAUUGGACCCUUUUCCUGAGUUUUUCUUUGUUUGGCCGGAAUGCAGCCAUCUUCCCACCAGGGGGCGCUCUCUUACUGCCAGUUGGGGAAGAAGCUCAGCUUCUCUGCUUGCACCUGGGGCCUCCUCUGCCCCCCUCCGUGUGCCCACAGAUGCCAGAGAGAAUGGGUAGCCCUGCACAAGGCGGCUGCUCGAGGAGAUGGCUGUAGGGAUGCCAGGUUUUCUCCUUCAGGUUAGCCCAGCGCUUAACUCGCACUCGACUCUCCCGGGCCUCCCUGUUACGAGCUGCACUGCUCCAAGGCAGAAGGUCUGGCCAAGGUGCCUGUCUUGGCAGUGUCGAUGGCCCUUGCCCCCUCCCGUUCCCUGGCUGCAAUGCCACUCUUCCCCCAGCAAGGACAAGGGAAGCCCUUCUUCCUUUCGUCCCUGCCUGGCUUUGCCAAUGGACAGAUGGAUCUGCAAGUUGUGGCGACACAAGGGAUUUCUCUUCCUGGUGGAGAGUUGUUGAUCGGCUGGAUUUUGCUCUGAGUUGAAGCAGCCCAACCCGAAACAGUAUUGGAUUUUUGCCCCUCUUUAAAGCCUCUCUUCUCAUGGGGUGGGGGCUUGUUCUUGGCCAGGCCAGCUAUGCUGUCCCUGCAGGGGGCCUUGGCAGGAAUAGGCAGGCGGCCAUGGAGAUGCUGGCCUCCCCCUCCCUGCCCACCAUGGCUGUUGUCACCUGAAGGGCUCCUGCAGCCUGCUUCCUCCGGGGCCCUCCUGUCGCCUGCUUCUGCUGGACGUUGGCAUUGCCAAAGUGCUCCACUCAAGGCUGGGGGCCCCAGAAGGCCCCGUAGAGGAGCAGGACAAGGCUGGCUUCGUGCUCAGUCUGCACAGUGUGCGUUCUUUCUGGUUCCAGUGUGUGUUGUGUUCUCGGGCUCAUGUGCAGCCCAGGGGCUUCUUUGUUGGCCAUUUAACUUUCAUGUAUACAUUUGGUGAGUGGUUGUCUUCAGCGCAUUUGUUGGUGAUCUUGACCAUGGUUGAAACUCCUAAAAUAUAUUCCUCUCCACGUUA